GAGCAAGUCGGAGCAAGCGGAGCGGAGCGUCUGUUGCAGCAGCAACAUCACCACUAUCAGCAACAUAUUUUCGCAAGUGCAGAAUGCCGUUCCCCAUUCAUCCGCCCAAGCAGAUGCCCUGCCCCCAUUGGCAGCACUUUCCAAUUAGUCCAGUGGAUACGAAACCGUCACCAUUUGGCAGCAGCAGCAACAGCAACAACAACAACAAUAAUAACAACAACAACAACAACAGCAAUGGCGUCAAUAAACCACCGGAGCCUGUGUCCUAUCGCUACUGUGUGCACUGCAAGGCGGCUGGCAAGGACAUCAGUAAGGAUUAGACGCGACUUUCAGCAACUGCACUCUUUUUCACCUUGAAGCAAUCCAUUCCACACCAUUCAUACACACCCACACACGCACAGAAGCAUCUCUCAAAAGCCAAGCACUGAAACAUUUGUUCCAAUCUCAAGUGGAUAAGCGAUGAGUGCAAUUUAUAGUUACGUCUAAUUACAUUAAAGUAAAUGUUUUAUAAGAUUCUCUUCAUUACAAGCUCAAAAGUAAUUUUUUUGCUGCAUUUUAAACAUUUUUUCUACAAUUGAAAAUACUUUUUUUAUGACAAUAUUAUAAGCAAAAAAUGCGUUAAAACGCAGAAAAAUGUGAAUUUUUUUUUGUAGUGAAAAGAUUCUUUAAGACUCUUUUAUCACUUGCUUUGCAAUUUGUUUCAUGUGCCACAAAAUUAUAAAUAAUUUAUAUUACAUUUGUAAAACGUUAAUUUUUUUGGUUACUUUUCUACGCCUAAGCUAAGAUUUUCUACAUAUUUUCUAAUCUAUAUUUGGUAUAGAAAAAACAUAAAAUAA